CCACCCCCUGUCACAACAAGUGUCCCAUCUCCAUCUGGAUCUGUUUCUGGAGCUUCUUCCCCCUUUCAACCUCUCUUCAACAAUUUUGGGCCCUCAUCAAUGGACUCCACGCAGGCUAUGAAGCCACCAGUGGCCCAAGGUUUCCAGAACACAUACACAGACCUGCUUUCUGUCAUUGAGGAGAUGGGCGAGGAAAUCCAACGUACUUAUGCAGGCAGCAAGAGUGCCAUGGAGCAGCUGAAGCAAGCAAUUAUCCAUGCCUGUGCAUGGAUAAGAGAAUGUCUGGCAGAAACACAGCUCAAUGCCCAUACAUAAGAGUUG